AUGACAGAGACAACUGAAGACCCUGAAUCUUUACACAACCGACGGUCUUCCCUCAUUGAACCUCCGCCCGAUGGAGGAGCGAAGGCAUGGACCCAAGCCUCAAUGGGACAUUUAGUGGUAUUCAACACCUGGGGUUAUAUUGCCAGCUUUGGCGUGUUCCAGGCCUACUACCAAUCGAUGCUUGGCGUUUCACCAUCAGCUAUUUCAUGGGUUGGAUCUGUCCAGGUCUUCCUCAUUUUUUUCGUCGGGACAUUCUCCGGCCGGGCCUUAGACGCGGGCUUCUUUCGCCCAGUCUUUUAUGCAGGGGUCCUUCUGCAGCUCCUUGGUGUGUUCAUGACUUCGCUCUCGACGCGCUAUUGGCAGCUCUUUCUCGCUCAAGGGGUCUGUACGGGCCUUGGCAGUGGCCUACAGUUCUGCCCCGUGAUGGGACUGGUCGCUACCUACUUCUCUAGACGGAGGGUGUUUGCCCUGGCGUUUUGUCUGGUUGGGAGUGGGACUGGAGGCAUGCUUCUUCCCGGCUUGGUAAAGGCUCUUAUGCCGACGAUCGGAUUCGGUUGGACUGUCAGGGUGUUGGGAUUUGUCAUGCUCGCGACGAGUAUCCCUACUAUGCUUUUGUUGCAGACUCGACUGCCUCCGCGCAGGGCUGGUCCCCUCAUUGAAUGGGCAGCAUUUAGAGAACCGACCUAUGUGCUUUUCUGCCUGGGCAUGUUUCUGAAUUUCUGGGGGUUAUACUUCGCCUUCUAUUAUAUUGGUGCAUUUGGCCGCAGCGUUCUCGGCCUGACUUACUCGGACUCGACCAAUUUGAUCAUUGUAACCAAUGGAGCAGGAAUCAUCGGUCGCCUUAUCCCUGCCUAUCUGGCCGAUCUCAAGUUUGGACCCCUCAACACCAUCAUCCCCCUAACCCUUGGUGCUAGUUUGAUGAUGUUUUGCUGGGCUGCCGUCCAUUCGACCGCAGGGCUGUACGUCUUUGCUGUGCUCUAUGGCAUAUUUUCCAAUGGUGUGCAGGGUCUCUGGCCAUCGACACUCUCCAGUCUUACGCCCGACCUAAGCAAAACCGGAGUCCGCAUUGGCAUGGGCUUUACGGUUGUGAGUUUUGCCUGUCUGACUGGUCCCCCCCUAGGUGGAGCUCUCAUUGCCAGAGCCGAAGGCUACAUUGGAGCGCAGAUCUGGGGCGGGUUGACCUUCCUUUUGGGCGCAGUGGUUCUGGUGGCUGCUCGUGUAGUGAGAACCGGAACGAAAAUGAGGGCUAAGGUCUGA